UAAAGACCUAAUUUAGCCUUUUUUUGCACUACCUUAAUAAUAAUUGGCAUAUAUGCUAUGUAAUUAACAGCUCAGUGAUAUAAAAAAAAGAAUGUAUAAAGACUAAAAAAAAAAGGUGUUUAUACACUGGACCAUGAAAUCCAAACCACCGAUGCCUGCAUGUUUGAAGAGCGUUCAUGAGUACGCGAAGUGCAACAAACCGCAGAGAGAAACGCGGGUUGUAGUUUCCAAUAUCACCGUUUGCCAGCUUGCGAACUGCGGCGCCUGCUCAGAAGAACUACCUUACCCAGAGAGCCCUGCGCGCCAAUUAGAAACGUCAACGAGCCAGUGAACAUUAAGCGGAGCAGACCAAAAUCCCAAACAAGGAAAUGGUGGGGGAAUAAAACGACCAGAUUAUUUAAUUAAUGCAUGUAAUAAUUAAUAUUUUAUUUUAUUGUAAAUUAAGACGUAUUUAUGGGUUAAAAUGGAUUACGACUUCAAAACAAAGCUGGCGGCCGAGAGGGAGAGAGUAGAAGAUCUGUUCGAAUAUGAAGGUUGCAAAGUGGGUCGAGGCACCUACGGGCACGUUUAUAAAGCUAAGCGCAAAGACGGGAAUGAUGAGAAGGAGUAUGCACUUAAACAAAUAGAAGGCACUGGAAUAUCGAUGUCUGCCUGCAGGGAAAUCGCUCUGUUACGAGAACUGAAACACCCAAAUGUGAUCGCCCUGCAGAAAGUGUUCCUGUCCCACAGUGACAGAAAGGUGUGGCUCCUCUUUGACUACGCUGAACAUGACCUUUGGCACAUCAUCAAGUUCCACCGCGCCUCUAAGGCCAACAAGAAGCCCAUGCAGCUGCCCAGAGGGAUGGUGAAGUCUCUCCUGUAUCAGAUUCUGGAUGGGAUCCAUUACCUCCAUGCCAACUGGGUGCUCCACAGGGAUCUGAAACCAGCUAACAUCCUGGUGAUGGGGGAAGGUCCCGAACGAGGAAGAGUGAAAAUCGCUGACAUGGGUUUCGCUAGACUCUUCAACUCUCCCCUCAAGCCAUUGGCGGACCUUGAUCCCGUCGUAGUGACUUUCUGGUACAGGGCCCCUGAGCUGCUUCUGGGGGCCCGGCACUACACCAAAGCUAUUGAUAUUUGGGCAAUUGGCUGCAUCUUUGCGGAGCUGCUAACAUCCGAGCCCAUCUUUCACUGUCGCCAGGAAGACAUCAAGACCAGUAACCCCUUCCAUCAUGACCAGCUGGACAGGAUAUUCAGCGUCAUGGGUUUCCCAGCAGAUAAGGACUGGGAAGACAUUAGGAAGAUGCCUGAGUACCCAACCCUGCAGAAAGACUUCAGGAGGACAACGUAUGCAAACAGCAGCUUAAUCAAAUACAUGGAGAAGCAUAAAGUCAAACCAGACAGCAAAGUUUUUCUGUUGCUACAGAAACUCCUCACCAUGGACCCCACCAAAAGAAUCACAUCGGAGCAGGCGCUGCAGGACCCAUACUUCCUGGAGGACCCAUUACCAACCACUGAUGUGUUUGCUGGAUGUCAGAUCCCCUACCCAAAACGAGAGUUUCUAAAUGAAGACGAGCCAGAGGAGAAAACAGAAAAGAACCAGACCCAACAGCACCAGCAGACGACAGGCCAGACUCAGGCCCAGAACCAGCAGCAAACGGCAGCCCAACAGGCCCCCUCCCAGCAGAGCUCGGCCCAAACCAACGGUACCGCCGGAGCCACGGGGGGCACCACCGGCGGGGGUUUACAACACGGCCAGGACCAGGGGCCCCUCAACAAGAAACCUCGGAUCGGGCCCUCUGGGGCCUCCUCAGGCACUGGGGUGCUACAGUCAGAAUACCAGCACUCCGGCCCCCGCCUUGGUUACCAAAGCAACGUCCAAGGUUCCACUCAGCCCCAGAGCACCAUGGGAUACUCGUCGUCAUCCCAGCAGAGCUCCCAGUACUCCCACCAGACCCACCGUUACUGAGGCUCCCAGUCACCUGAGAACCAGCAGGGGAGUCAGCUCCUCCUCCUUCAACCAGACGUCACCCUCCUCCUCAGCUCCAGCCAAGGCAACGCUCUCACAUCCUGGUCGGACCUUCCUCAGUGCAUUACAUCAUGGCAACUCAGCCAUCCUCCUUUUCAACCCUUCCUCACCUUUGACCUCUUUCCCGACAGCCUCCAACGGCACUGAAACACGAAGGCAAACAAGCAUAGGAACCAAAAAAAAAUCAAACAAGUCGUUCUGCCUCGUUGGGCUGGUGAACCAUUUUUAAACAACUGAAAAUAAUGUAAGAUAGAUGUGAAGCGUCACACACACAGACUGAGAACCAUGGCACUUACAAACGCAACGUUCCUCACGAGGAAGAAUCGCAGCUGUAUUCAUAUAUGUACAUUAUAUAGCACCUUUUUCUAUUUGAUUUUUUUCUCUCUUAUUUGUUAGAGUUUUCAAGUUUACCUUGAUAGUUGAUGUCAUUGUAAAUAUUGUUACAUAUGAAGCGAUCGGCUGAGACAAAACACAGGAGGAACAGCUCUUUACUGUCAUCUCUAGUGUACUAUUACGUUGGAUAAUCAAAAGAAAAACAGAAAACGUUUGAGCUAACCCUGUCCUUUUAAGAACAAAAGACAGUCACAUGUUUCUACACAGAAAAAAAUCAGCUCUUUAGCUGAUGCAAUUGCAGGGAAAUAUUAAAAUGCGCAAUUUAAUCUUCUUAUUAUAGGGUUUCUAUAUUUAGACCUCUCUUUAUCUAGAUUUGGAUUUGGAAAGUAAGAAAAGUAGUUGUCUUUUUACAGAUCUAAGUCCUGUAUAUUCUGAUUCACUCCACUACUUUUAGAGAUAAGAAACAUUUGACAGCCGAGCUUCGUUCCUGUGACGAUGACAGCGUUUUCAGGAGGUUGGACGCUUCUCGAUUGUGGCCAGCAGCUCCGGAGUGUUUUCCUGUCCAAGAGCUGCCGGUGGACACUUUGCUCACACACUCAUUUUAUCGCGGACUUUCAAGGUUUCUGAACACGAACGUGCGCAUAAACGUACAGGGCAGCUAACAGUACAGCCCCCCCCUUUCUGCUUCUUGAGACUGUUACUGCCUGAUGUCAGAUUGUUUUUUUAAGGUUUUAAUGUUAUUGUUUCUCUGUAAGUGUGUGUGUGCGUGUGUGCGUGUGUGUGUGCACAGUAUGUUUUUUUAUGCAUGUUGUUUAUCUUUUUACUUACUAGAACUGCACUGACCGCUGAACCGUUCUGCAAAGAGCUGGAACAAACAUGUGGUGAGUUUUGUUGUUUGAAGGCUCAUCCACUUCCACUGCGACCCUUUGGCCGAGCACUGAGCAGGCAUUUGGUAGAGAAUGGGGCACAUUUAAAGACAUUGGGUGUGUUAUUCAGUACAUGCCAAGGAGGCAGGAGCAACAGUUAAUAACAGUAAAGUAUUGAUUGUCCUUUUGGAUCAUUUUUGGUUACAGUAUAAUCAACAGCUAGUCUGCAAACAGGCAGAGCCAGGCUAGCUGUUUCCCCGUUUCCUGACAUGUGCUAAGCUAAGCUAACUGUACGUAGUUUCAUAUUUAGCAUACAGACACGAGAGUGGUAUUAAUCCUCUCAUCUAACACUUGGCAAAAAAGUGAAUAAGUACAUCUCCUAUAAUAUCAAACUUUUUACAGUACAAUUUUGUUGGUGCAGGUACUUAACUUAAGUAUUUCCAUUUUAAUGCUACUCAGUAAUUCUAUACUGAGAUAUAAUCUUCGCUUCACUACAUUUAUUCAUUUAUUUCAAUUUGCUGACAAUACUUAAGUAGUUUUUGGUAGGUAGUAGGUAGUUUUACAUUGUUGUAUUAUCAGUAGUAGUAGUUUAGGAUGUGCAUACUUCAUGCACCGCUGAAAUUAAUUUAGACCACAUGCCACUUGGAAAAAAUCUUCAAGGGCAAACCUCAAAGUGAGGCUUAAAUUGUAUCCCGCUUCUCCUUCUUUGUUUCCCCACAACUUUGCUCCAUCCUCACUGGUCCCGCUGGGUCACAUGACCGGUCAUCAUGCAGGUUGUAUUAAAUAAUGCACCCAAUGACUCAACUGUAAAUGCCUUUGCUCCAAUACAGAAGACACAGCAGGACUGGGGGAGGGGGGAGCCUUAUUAGGCAGACUUGGCCUGCAGUGGGAUUAGGAAACACUGACACCUUGUGGCUGAAAAAAGAACUGAACCUCUGUCAUGUGAAACUGCAGUACAGCAUGCAAGUAGAUAUAUUGUGGCAAGUUAAAGCAGUUUGAGACACGGGUGUUUUAGUAUAAAACUCAUAUUGUUAUUGUGUCCAGAAUGCCAGUCAUGUGUCACUGAUGCUGAAAGUUGGCAAUUGCUUUGCUCAUAAUGACACUAUACUGAUAAUUAUUUGCAUCUCACCAAAAGUCUUUUGGUUCAUGCAUUGAUGAUUCGUCUGUUGCCUCAGAUUCGGUUUUAAGAAGGAGACUAUUUCUGUAAAAAUCUCUUCAGUGACUCCUCAGUGUGCCCAGCUGUUCCAUACUGGCUCUCUGCAGCAGCCAGGUGGAUUACGGUCGAUGUCACGGGUUUCAUGGUCACAUUUUUAAGCAAAACAAACUUUCAAUUAAAGUGCAGGUGAACUGAAUCAAAGUCAGGAUUUGACAUGAAUCCUGACUUUGAUCUGGAAAGUCGUAAGAGUUUUAUUCCAAACUAACAUAUUUAUAAAAGGUCACAUCUUCUUUUUAAAAAAUGGAAUUGAACAAUUUGAACAAAAAAGAUUUUUGACUUUUGAGAAUUUAGCUGUUUGGUUGACAAAAACUUACAGACUGGAUCCUGCAUAUUUUACCCAUAUUUAAAGCUGCAUUAAAUAAUUUUUUGGCCAUUUUGGUUCAGAAGAAAAAGCCAUAAAAUAUUAUAUGAUACGCUAUCACCUUAUAGAGAGCUGAAGUCCUGACGUCGCCACUGGGCUAGUUUCAGUUUCACUAACUUAUGUAACUCCUGUCAAAAUCAAGCGUGUUCCUGAGGUUUACUUUCCAUACAUCCAAGACAAAUCAGCACCCACUAUAGCACUAUCAGAAGCUAUUAAAAGUUUAAACCUUUGUGAACUUAAAGUUUAACAAGGAUUGAUUUUUUUCAUAACAUACCAAAAUAAACUACUCGUAAGCUAUGGAAACAGUGUUUGUUAGAAGCUGCUAACAAGAGAAAUAUUACAUUAACAGCAGUGUACUGUAAGAUAGUUUUUAUAACCUAUUUGGAGAAAAAAAGGGAACCCAAUAUUUUUGUAUGAAAGGUUUUGUUACAAGGCUGGAUUUUUUGUAACUUCCGUUACAUCAGAUCUUUUCUUACCUAUAGAACAGAACCCAGACCUUCUGGUUUCACUUCAGCUCUCUGUAAAGUUAAAAUGUACCAGUAAACUAUUACUUAUUUUAUGCAGUACUGGAGCAACAGUAGAAGGAAUUUGGAGUCCAAUAUUCCUUCUCCGUUUAGCUCUGGUUUUGUCUCCAACUCCUGAAUAUAAAUAAGAAAAUAAUAACAAAAACAGCUGCCUGUAGCUGUAAAUGAGAUAAAAGCAGGAUUUGCAGGCUUGAAAAGCAAAAUAAUUUAUUUAUUAUACUUUAAAAUGGCCAGUAGAUCUGAGGGGAACUGCGGAGUCAUGUGAUAUUUCUCCACCUUACACAUAGUAAUUUGAUCCAUUGAUAAUUAAAAGAAAUCAUUGAUUAAUGCAGCUUUAAAGACAAACUUCAGGUGAUGAAUCUCCACAUGUAGAUGUUUCAUCAUAUUGUUCGUUGCUUUAGUUGUUUGGUUCACCUUGUCUACUUGUGUGUUCAGACAGUCUGGCAGGCAGAUCCAGGGAGACGCAGUGUGCUCAGUUGUAUGUGAUGGGGAUCAAAACCAGCAGCUAUUCAAAGGUUUUCUCCCCCCUCUAGUGCGUGUAUUUGAAGUCAAACUGAGUAGCAAUGAGGAUACGUUAAGACACUUGUUUGUAAAUUUCCCUCUCUACACAAGCGAGGUGUCACAAGUAUUAUUGAGAGUGAGGCUCCAGCGGGAGACAAAUUUCUGUCAAACAUCUCCUAUGCAAAAAAAAUCCCAGACUAAAGCUUUCACUUAGGUUGCUUAAGUUUUGCAGUUGACAAGUUUUAUUAUAUUUUGACAGGUGAUGUUUAUUGAUUCCUUGUGUAAUAUUGAGUACAGUAGUCCAAGACAGCGCUUACUCGUGUCCCUUUUUCACAGCAAUUUAAAAUGUAAAGGAAUUAUUGUAAAGAAAUGCAUAUAUAUGGAUAGUACACAGUCAUAUUUAUUAUUUCCAUACAUCUAUGAAUAAUACCCUUUUUUUUUUACUUUCCUCUGCCUUAACUAUAGUAGCUAUAGAAAGGACCUUUGUCAGAGAAAGCAGGCAUCACUAGACUAUAUUUCUUGUUAUUUUGGAGUUAUUUCCUCUAUAUGCUCACAUGAAAUCAUGUCUAGUUACUGAAUGUGUUACUGCCACCUCAAUGUACAGUAGAAUGAAGGGGAUGCCGCUGUUUGGGAUCCCUCACUGGCUUGUUGUGGUUUGUUUCAACUUUGUCUCGCAAAUAUUCCACAGUGUUACUGUUUUUACAGGAAUGAUAAUGAUCCACGUUUUUAUUUGUGUGGACGGUGCCUUUUUUUUUAGUCGUUCAUCUUCUACAGAUGUCAUGGGAAUUUGUUCAGGAUAUUUUUUUAUUGUUUUUAUUUGGUGUCGUUUUCACACCUCCUGUUUGCUCUUUGGGUCUGUUUCCUAUGUCCUCUUUUUUCCUCAUUACGAUGUAGCAUAUUGUUAUUUACACAAUGUGGAAGCUAGCAGCUAAAUAAAUACAUUUUAUUUCAGUUUAUUGUAUCACACCUCUAAAGACUGCAAACAGUCCUGAUGAGGACUAGCUCUUGUUUUUUCUUUGAAUAGAAAUUGUCCUCACACAUUACUGAAGCGCAGUUAUACACAUGUUUUGAAAUGCUGUACAUAAAAACACAUUUUAAGAAUUUCUCAUUGAGAUAUUGAUACAAUAAUUGUCUUUUAAUGCACUGUUGUUGCUCAAAUAUUUAGUGUUAAAUUUUAAAAGUAUUUAAUGUUUUUAAUGUUAAUGCUUUAGACACUAAAGUUCUGGCAGUGCUUUGAAAGUUAUAUGGCAGAUGAUGCUCCUCUGUGUGUGUAUAGAUAUGGACAUAUUAGUACACGCCUAUAUGAAAUCUAGUGCACCUCUAGGCCGCUCUCUCCUCUUACAUUUCUUCCUGUUGGAUAGUAUUGCAUGUGCCUGUCUUUUUCCAAUGGAGAACAUAAGCACUUAUUGUCGCCCUCUCAACAGUUUGUAUAGACAGACAGACCCUCCAUCUGCAAGUCAGAGUUUCUGCGAUGCCUUCAAUGCCUGUCGUGCCAUUCAGAUAACAAGCCUUGUUUGGCCUGUGUCUCAAAACGUGGUAACAAUAAACCUCUAUCCCAUCAGAGCAUCUUUCAAUAAGCGCUUCACUGCUGUGGAAGAACUUUAAUGAUGUGAUCUUACAGAAAAAAGCAACUUGUUUGAUUAAACGUUUUUAACGGACCUACAUGCACUUAACUCCCUGAAGCUCUCAGUGAGCUGCAUCAGCAAAAUGCUUUGCAGGUUGGGGCGUCUGUCCACUCUUCUACAUUCUCUCUGUAUUAUGUGUGUGUUUGCGUGCGUGCGUGCGUGCGUGUGUGUGUGGGGGGGGGGGGGGGGUAUUACUCAUGUGGUGGGGACAUCAAUCUGUUUACAUAGUCACACUGUGGGGACUCGCCUUCCAUAUAGGGACAAAAUGCAAGUCCCCAAAAUGUAAAUCAUAAAAUUUUAGGGUGAAGACUUGGUUUAAGGUUAGGGCAGUGUUUCCCAAACAUUUUCUGUUUUAUAAGCCAAAAAAAGUUCAUGCACCCCCCACCCCUGCAAGAUUGGAUUUAAUUUUUAUCUAUUAUAAACCAUACAGUCAUUUGAAAAAAACAAGAUUCAGGUUAGUAAAAUAGCUCUGCUAACAUCAGAGCACUUUUCUUUGUUUAUGUCACCACAUGAAUCAUAUUCAUGCAACUUAGGUCUGCUCAACAACUAGAACCCCUGAAGUGGCUCUACACCCCCAAGGGGGGCCCGCCCCCCAGUUUGAGAACCAAUGGGUUAGGUUAAGGAUAGGAAAGUAGUGGUAAUGGUUAUUGUUAGAGCAAGUCUCCAGGGAAUGAAUGUAAGUCAAUGUAAUGUCCCCGAAAAUGAUGGAAACUGGACUGUGUGUGUGUGUGUGUGUGUGUGUGUGUGUGUGUGUGUGUGUGUGUACAGGUUUGAAAUAUACAUAUGGCCUAAAUGUAUUGUCUUUUCAUAGCAUUUAUAGAUAAGGCAGCAAUAGCUCAGCGCAGGAAAAUCAACAAAAGAAAACAUUUAUUUAACUGCUUUUAGCAACCUUGUCCAAAUUUCACUGUACAAAUGACUGUUAAAUGAGAAAAAGUCAUGUAUAUUUAUUUUAUAUCCUCUAUUAUAUUAAAAAUCUCUUUUGUCUCAAUCA